UUGGGAUUCUUAUUCUUACACCAAUUUUCUACUACAGUCUUCCUUACCAUUAAUGCAAAAUAAGUAAUUAUUUCAAAUAAACAUAAAUAAAGUUACAUUUUCGCUUCGCUUUCUAAGGUCAAGCAAUCACUCUUGAAAUAAUCCCAUCUAAUAACAUAGAUAUUAUUUGUCUGACAUAUUUGCCUAUAUUUAUGUAUAUAUCCAAACAUUUACAAGACCCAAAGCAAUUGAUAACUUUCACUUGACUUUGACACAAGCUGCAAAUUUAACGCGAAUGGUUGUCCAAUAUCUUUAGAAACAAAAGCAAAACUCCAACAAUCGCACACUGGAAUUCCGGUUCGCAAAAAGCUUGGUGCGUAUGCCCAAAUAUUGAGAGGGUGGGGAGGGGCAAAAUGAGGUAUGGACUCUGUAUAAAAGUUGCGUACGCGUCAUUUGGCGACAUAGUUCAGUGCAGGAGCUUCAAGUGAAGUCAACUAACCAAGACAACGCACAAAAAAUUACCAAACAAUCAAGUCAACAUGUUCUCGUUGCUGUCUCUGUUUAUCCUGGGAGUUGGAGCUGCUGCUGCCAUCGAGCUGCCAUUGGGUUCAGUCUACCACAGUCCGGCCCUUGUGAAGCCCCUUCUGAAGACUGUCGAAGUAGAGGCACCAGCUCACUAUGAUUUCUCGUACUCCGUGCACGAUGAACACACUGGCGAUAUCAAGAGCCAGACAGAAUCCCGUAAGGGUGAUCAGGUUCAGGGCCAAUACACACUGAUCGAUGCUGAUGGUUAUCUUCGUACUGUGGACUACACCUCGGAUGCGCAUAACGGUUUCAAUGCCGUUGUUCGUCGUGACCCAUUGGGUCAAAAGGUGAUCAAGGCUGCUCCAAUUGCCAAGAUCCUGGCACCAGCACCUAUUGCCUAUGCGGCACCCAAAUUGCUGGCUCCUGCUAAGCUCCCUCUGCCCCUGAGCUUGUACCACUAGAGAUCUCUGCCAAUCAGAAAGAGAGAGAGAGAAAGCUGUAAACUGAUUUCAUCCUCAUUGACGACCCACAUUCUGCAUCCGAACUAUUCUAUAGUUCUAUUUUAGUAUCUAUACUUUCUUAGACAAACCAUUUUGUAAAAUAUCCAACAACAUUGUAUCCUCGAACCUUCUAUACUCUAUUUAUCUCUACAUAUACUAUCUUCACUCUUUCUGUUUCCCAAUUGUAGGUGUUUCUAUCUUAUCUAAAAUUUGUUGUAUGUAAAUAGAAAGCAAUAAAUGCAU